AUGAAUCCUGUAGAUGCAUCAUUGCGCCCCACAAGUCCCUCGCCCUCUCCCACCUCCUCAUCAUCAAAAACUCAUUCCUUGCCCAAUUCAACAACAACAACAAGAAGGAGAAGUGACAGCAAGAAGCGAUCAUCACCUCAACUGAAUCAAAGUUUUGAUGAAAGUGUAUUAAGAAAGCCGAAUAACAAUGAAUACGGUGAGCCUACCAUUACUGCUCCAUCUCCACGAUCACAACUUGAUCAUCACGAUGUAAAAUCUCUCACAACGAGUGAUCAUCACACGAAACCUGUUCUUCAUUUGCCUCAGAGCUCUCUAUCCAACAACAACAACAACUUUCUUUCAUCCUCUAAGGUCAACAGCCCACUCUCAUCACCCAAACAGGCAGCAGCAGAAAACGAAACGUUCAUCACUCCUACCCUCCGACACCUAACUCCAAGUUUAAUUGAAAAUUAUGUUAAGGCUAGAGUAACCAAGAGGAUUCAAAAAAUAGAGAGCGAGGAAAGAAAACAAAACGUAUCUCAGAGAUCAUGUAAAAAACGAGUCGAUCGGUACCUCCAUGAACUCAAUCGAUCUCAAUCUGCAUUUGAAUUGAAUCAUCAUCAUGAUGAAAUUCCUUCCUUUGAUGAAAAGAAAAAACUCAUUCGUAAAAAUCAAAUGUUAUUUCAAAAAUCAGCGGAGAAUGUAAUGACCAACAAUAAUUGUAAGAAAUUGAUUACAAACAGUGCAGAUCGCCCUAUGAGAUCACCAACACCAACAUUAUCUACAAAUUCAACAACAUUCAGAAAAUUCAAUCGAGACACGCCAUCACCGAUGCAAAGAAGUCAUUCACAAAGGUAUACCAUUAUUGAAGUGGUACAAACCCUUAAUAAUUACUUUGCAAGAAGAAAUUCACUGGGAUCGCUUGAGGAAUGCAAAAGUAAGGUACAUUGA